UUAAUUUCCUUUUUAAAAAAGUAUAAGCAUUUAAGUUCUAUCAUCUUUGAUGGAAAAAGAAGCUUUAUCUUAAAGCUCUUCAUUUCAAUCUGCAGAUGAAAAAAAUAAAAAAUCUGAAUUCUUGUUCUUGUUAAUGGUUUGCCAUGAAAAUCCUUCCUCUGUUCUUCCCAAUCUUCUUCUUUAUUCUUCUCCUUCUUCUUCCCUCCACUUCUCAGCCUUCUUAUUACGUCCCCGCCUAUAACAUCGCCGUCGACUGCGGUGCCACCAGCUCCGCAACCAUAGAUGACCGGCAAUGGAUCGGCGACGACGCUACUACUUUCUCCCUCUCCGACCCACCAAACGCCGUCAACAAAUCAACCGUCAGGUCCACCUCCUCUACCAACGACCUCGUCUUCAAAACUGCACGCCUCUCUCGCUCUCCCUUCACCUACUCUUUUCCGGUCACCGCCGGCCCAAAAUUCAUCCGCCUUCACUUCUUGCCGGAAACUUACGACCAAUUUCCCAAAUUCGACGCCUUCUUCACCGUUCAAACUGGCCAAUUCACUCUCCUGAAAAACUUCAGCGCCGCCCUUGUCGCUGAUUUCUUGAACAAAACCACCAUUACCAAAGAAUUCUGUAUCCAUGUCGCCAGAGAAGUCCAGAAGUUGAACAUUACCUUCACCCCAUCUCCGAAUUCUUAUGCCUUCGUCAAUGGAAUCGAAGUCGUCUCCAUGCCGGAAAAUCUUUACUACUCUCCGGCGGAACAGGGGACGACGGCGGUUAUCAGAAACAACAUCGCCCUCGAGCUUUAUUAUCGGGAAAAUCUCGGCGGUAACGACGUCAUACCGAGUCAAGAUUCCGGCAUGUACCGAACUUGGGGCGGGAGAAAUCUCUACGUAACAUCCAGUUCAGCCAUCCGAAUACAAAAUUACUCUGCUUCUCUAAACUAUACAACUGCCACUCCUAACUUCACUGCCACAGAUUCAGUUUACCAGUCUGCUGUAAUUAUGGGUAAGGAUCAAGCUGCCAAUUCCUUACAAAAUUUGUCGGUGCAAUUUCCCGUUGAUGUCGGGUUCAAUUAUCUGGUGCGACUUCAUUUUUGCCAAAUUCAUUGGAAACAGUUCCAAGAAAAACAGAGACACUUCACAGUGUUCAUCAAUAAGCGAAAUAUCGGCACCAUCGAUAUAGAUACCGUCGAUACUCCGAUUUACAAAGACUAUAAUGUACCAAUGGCAGCUGGGAAUACUCCAUUUAUCUCAGUUGAUUUACACCCACUACCAAGUGAGAGCUUCGAUGUGAUUUUGAAUGGAAUUGAAGUAUUCAAACAGAGCAACGGCACUAAUCUCGCAGUACCAAACCCAGUGGGACGAGCACCACCGCCAGAAGUUAAACCAGUAGCCAAAAAGUCAAAUGCAACGACGAUCAUCGCCAUCGUGUGCAGCAGCGUGGGGUUUGCCAUAUUAAUCUCCCUCGUUGGAUUUGUGUUCAUAUGGAAACAGAGUAAGAAGAAAACAAAGAGAAGGAGGAGGAAGAAGAAGAAAACAGCAGAGGAUAACUUGCUACCAGAACGACGAUGCCGGAUUUUCACCUUCGAAGAGAUUUACGAAGCGACGGAUUAUUUCAGUAAGGAAAGAGAGAUUGGAGUCGGAGGAUUUGGUGCUGUUUACAAAGGAAUUUUGGAGGAUGAAGACGAUCUCACCGUCGCAAUCAAACGACUGAACCCAGAUUCCCAACAAGGCGAACAAGAAUUCAUAACAGAGAUUGAAUUGUUAUCGGAGCUCCGCCACUUCAAUCUUGUAUCACUCAUCGGAUACUGCUUGGAAGGCAAAGAAAUGCUAUUAGUUUACGAAUUUAUGCCGAACGGAACAUUCAAAGAACAUCUCUACGACACCCAAAAUUCUCCUCUGCCAUGGAAGAAGCGCCUCCAAAUCUGCAACGGGGCGGCGCGUGGUUUAAACUACCUACACACCGGAUUCACUCGACCCAUCAUCCACCGCGAUGUGAAGACGACGAAUAUCCUUCUAGACGAAAAUUGGGUUGCGAGAGUUGCCGAUUUCGGGAUGUCGAAAUUGGGGCAGAUCAACACGGCGGUCAGUACGGCGGUGAAAGGGACUUGGGGGUAUUUAGACCCGGAAUACCACCGCCGUCUUAAAGUAACGGAAAAGUCCGACGUGUAUUCAUUUGGUGUCAUCUUAUUCGAAGUGCUCUGUGGGAGAAAACCGCUGGACCCUCUUGCCGGCGAAGAGAAGUUCAAGCUUACACUAUGGGCUAAGAAAUGCUUGGAGAAAGGGAAUGUUUACGAAAUUAUUGAUCCGAAUUUGAAAGGGAAAAUUUCGUGGGAUUGUUUGAAACAAUAUUUGGAGUUGGCGGUGGCCUGUAUCAACGAUCUGGCAAAGCACCGGCCGACGAUGACGGUGGUGGAGGAGAAAUUAAGGUUCAUCUUGCAGCUGCAGGAGGAAGCAGACGGGAAUGUUGCCGACGACGAUUUGAAUUAUCCGGAGGAGCCAUUUUCUCCGAUCAGGUGGACGGCGAGUUCUCUCCGGAGUGAAUCGUAUAAAAGCCACCUUGCCACCGUGCUCAGCGGCUCCGAUUUCACGGCGUCGACGCUUCUGAGUGAAGAAAUGUUCAGUGAACAGAGCACUGGUUCUGGGGCCCAUUCUCGGAAUAUAUAAUUUUUACUCAAAUUUUCCAUUUUUUUUUAAUUUGUUUUUCUCUAAACAUAUGUUAUUUUCAAUAAUAUUAGCCGUUAGGUUAUUAAAAUACCGUUUUAGUUUGGAGUUUGCUUAAAAUAUAUAUUUUUGUCACCUGUGCUUUGAAGAACAAGUAAUAAAUAUAAGUUAGUUUUGGUAAAUUUCAUUUUAACCCAAGUUAAAUUGUUUUAUA